AUGCCAACCCCCGAACCCCAACUCACCCUCCCAGAGCGCCCCCCAAACCUCCCACACCCGGAGUAUCAAACCCCCCGCGGCGUGUCCCCCCUCCAAUCCGUCCGCGCUGCAGGCCUCCAAUACCCUAACUACACCCCUUUCAAGCUCCCCAACCUCACCGAAAAGCCCUUCACCGACCGCGGCCUAUCCGCAGGCCCCACCAAAUCGCGUCUCCUUCAAGCAGCCACCGCGGUAACACACCUGACCCCCGAAAUCGGCACUGAGCUCGCCGGUCUCCAGCUGAAGGACCUCACAGACGAGCAGAAAGACGAUCUGGCACGGCUGGUCGCCGAACGAGGCGUCGUGUUCUUCCACGACCAGGACCUAGACGUGCACGAGCAGAUCGCCUUCGGGGCCUACUUUGGCGAUCUGCAUAUUCAUCAGAUGGCCGGCAUUAUCCCGGAUUUGCCCUGGGUGCAUCCGAUCUAUAAGGAUGAGACGGCGGUGAAUGGGAGAUCGCAUCAGAUUUGGCAUUCGGAUGUCAGUUAUGAGAUUCAGCCGCCUGGGUUGACGCUUUUGAAGAUGGAUACUUUGCCCAAUGCGGGGCCGGAUGGGGGGUUGGCUGGGGGAGAUACGAUUUGGGCCAGUGGGUAUGCUUUGUAUGAAUGUGUUAGGGCUAAUGGGUCUUUUCUUGAGACUCUUGAAGCUAAGCAUAGUGGUCUCGAACAAGCGGAAAAAGCGCUUCGGACGAACGGUUGCUUGAGAAGGGAUCCUAUUGAGACGAUCCACCCUGUCGUUCGUACACACCCAGUUACAAAGUGGAAGACGCUGUACGUCAACGAGAAUUUCACCAAGGAGAUCAUCGGCCUUGAGAAACGAAUUGGGGAUGGUAUCCUUGAUGCUCUGUACCGGACUGUUGCUGAGGGCUACGAGUUCCAGGUCCGAUGGAAGUGGACUAAGAACGCUGUUGCGAUUUGGGAUAACCGGGCUACUUUCCAUACUGGUAUCUUUGAUUACUUUCCUCAUUUGAGACAUGGUUUACGGGUCGCUCCACAGGCUGAGAAGCCCUAUCUUGAUCCUGAGUCUAAGACCCGGAAGGAAGCGUUGCAGCAGGAGACUGGAAAGAACAACUAA